AUGUCACCGACUCUUCCUCAUACUCCUUCAAAAAGUGUCGUUCCUUGCUUCCCCCUUUCGAAUCAUAUCAAAGGAAAUCAAAGUGAGAAGACUGACAAUUCUGAAGAAUAUCAUUAUACUUUCAGAUUUCAUCAUCCAAUACGUUCCCACUUCGAUCAACUCAAUCGGCUCGGAAGCCGCAAAGAAUGGCGAGUCUCCAGUGCGAUCCCUUCUCGACUAUUAUCCACUUCCAAUUGCAGCCGCCCCUCCGCAUGCCUUCAGUAUCUCACGUCUCCUGCAGCCCGGUCCCUUCGAGUUCACAGCUCCAUCCAUCGACUCCUUCUACUUUGCGCCUCCGCCAAUCGGCAACGUGCCCGAAGUGACCAAGGCCACAACCGGUUACAUCCUCUUCAGAAUGUGCAUGUCAAGACGAAAACUGUUGGGACUCUCCUCUCCUUCGAAUCAUGGUACCGCACACCGAAAACUUUAAGGUCCACUAAUAAUUCGUGUUCAGGGACCGCCUGGAGCGCGCUGGGACCAGUGGAACGGGAGAAAUGGUACCGUCUGUUCUGGCACUACUCGCACAGAUUCAAUCAUUACGUGAAGGAGGGACGCAUCCGCCGCGCGCUGAGUCGACUGAAAAAGGAGAAGAUGAAUCGGGAGGAGAGAAGAAGAAGAAGAAGCGAGAAGGCACAGAACGUGCCCGAAUCCAACCAUUUUUCCUGA